AUGGCCGCCGUUAAGACUUUUGAAUUAAGAACCAAGUCCAAGGAACAAUUACAACAACAAUUAGUUGAAUUAAAGCAAGAAUUAGCUACCUUGAAGGUUCAAAAAUUACAAAGACCAUCAUUACCAAAGAUCCACACUGUUAGAAAGAACAUUGCUCGUGUUUUAACUGUUAUUAACUUAACUCAAAGAGAAAAUGUUAAAGCUUUUUACGCUGGUAAGAAAUAUCAACCAAAGGAUUUAAGAUCUAAGAAGACCAGAGCUAUUAGAAGAAGAUUGACUAAGUUUGAAGCUAGACAAGAAACUGAUAAGGCUAGAAAACAAAGAAUUGCUUAUCCACAAAGAAAAUUCGCUAUUAAGGCUUAA